GUCUCCUGUGCCACCUGGAUGAUGCCUGCGUCAGCAACCCCUGCCAUGAGGAUGCCAUCUGCGACACCAACCCUGUGAACGGCCGGGCCAUCUGCACCUGCCCCCCAGGCUUCACUGGGGGGGCCUGUGACCAGGAUGUGGAUGAGUGCUCUAUCGGUGCCAACCCAUGCGAGCACUUUGGCCGCUGUGUGAACACGCAGGGCUCCUUCCAGUGCCAGUGCGGGCGCGGCUAUACGGGUCCCCGCUGUGAGACUGACAUCAACGAGUGCCUGUCCAUGCCCUGCCAGAACGACGCCACCUGCCUCGACCGCAUCGGGGAGUUCACCUGCAUCUGCAUGGCGGGGUUCAGCGGCACAUUCUGCGAGAUCAAUGUUGACGAGUGCGACAGCAACCCCUGUGUCAAUGGCGGGGUCUGCCGGGACGGCGUCAAUGGCUUCACCUGCACCUGCCCCUCUGGUUUCUCCGGUUCCAUGUGCCAAAUCGACAUUGAUGAGUGCGCCAGCACGCCCUGCCAGAAUGGUGCCAAGUGCGUGGACCGGCCCAACGCCUAUGAGUGCCGCUGCACUGAGGGCUUCGAGGGCACGCUGUGCGAGAAGAACAUUGACGACUGCUCGCCCGACCCCUGCCACCACGGCACCUGCCUGGACGGCAUCGCCAGCUUCACCUGCUCCUGUGCCGCCGGCUACACCGGCUACCGCUGCGAGAACCAGCUCAACGAGUGCCACAGCAGCCCCUGCCAGCACGGGGGCAAGUGCAUCGACCGCAUCAACAAGUACCAGUGCAACUGCCUGCCGGGCACCUCAGGCGUGAACUGCGAGGUGAACUUUGACGACUGCGCCAGCAACCCCUGCGACUACGGCGUCUGCCGCGACGGCAUCAACCGCUACGACUGCAUCUGCAAGCCCGGCUUCACAGGUGGGGCAGGGACGGGGCCCAGCUCCAGGGAGCCCUGGCUCUGGGAGGUGGGG